GCUUGUCCCGUCUUGUCUUCUUCUCCACCAUCACAGCCGCCGCCAUGCACGGCGUCACGGACGAAACGUUCCUUCCGCAGAUUAUCGGCGUCUUCUACGCAACGUUCGACCCCGUGGCCGGCCCCACUGUGCUGCACCAGGUCCCCGAGCACCUCAUCUCAAGUAGCACAAGUGACGAUGGCGCGCGCUCUCCCUCUGGGUCCCGCUCGCGCUCCGUGCCGCGCGACUCGCGCUCGACGGAUCGAGGCCGCGAUCGCUCGCGCCCACGCAUGGCACGCAACGCGUCACCUUCCCCGAUGCGCAUUUCUCACCCGCAGCCCCGCUCUCCGCGGGACAGUGUCACUUCCUCCCUCUCCCUCUCCGGCAGCCCGCACGCGAACGGCACGCACUCGUCCCCGCUCGCGCAGCCUAGCUCGACCCCCCACGCGAGAGCCGGCACACCCGCGCCGCGCCAGCCCGCCCUCCUCGACUUUGGGAGCAUGAGCGAGUACGUGAUCCCGAAGAAGAGCUUGCACGGCAAGCUCGUGUCGUUUCGCACGAGCGGCGCGUGGGAUGCGACUGGCGAUGAGCCCGACGACGCCAGCGACGACGGUGAGCACAGGUACGAGUACCGCGUCAUCGGCCUGCCCAUGGUGCUCGAAGGCGAGGCUGGUAGGUAUCAGCGCAACCAGUACAUUUGGAAUUUGUGUUUUGUGUUCCGAGCGUCCGCGAGCCUCGCGGCGUUCGAGCCCGUCGUGCGCAAGACCGCGCGGAUACUUCGCUCGGCGGAGCUGGAUACCGGAUACCUCAGCGCGCCGCAGGCGCACCACACCCCUAUUCCCGCCGUCUUGGAGCAGAUCUUUGAGGACCUCAACUCGUACUCGGAGACGAGCAUCCCGCUGGACGGUUACAAUUCGCUCGAGCUCAAGUUGUUCCCGUAUUAUCCCAAUCCCCCUGAAUGCAACGACUGGGACGUCCCCAUCGCCCUCGUCGACCUCAAGUCUCUCCGCGAUCCAAAUUGGGACAUUACCGCCUCCCGCGUCGUCGAUCAUGUCGAUGGUAUCAACCAUUGUGCGCGGAUCGCGCAGCUCGCUGACGCCGACCUGGCUCUUGUCCGCGAAACCCUCCGUCACAUGCUUUUCUACCAAGUCGUCAUGAUCAUCGACAUUUUCCAGUACUCCAAUCUCUAUACAGUCAACUCUUCCUUCCCCCGCCUCGUCGCCGACGAGAGUGUCAUCGCAGAAUGCGGGACAUACGUCACCCGCCCAAACUUUCCCGUCCUUGACUGGCCCGCCCUUGCUACGCUGUACGCUAAGCUCACUCCGGGCAUCACCGUACACAAGUGGUGCGAAGAUAAUGGCGUGCUAGCCAAGGGCAUCGACCCCCGCCGGUUCGUGUCCUUUGGCAUCAUCAAGGGCUUCCUCGUCCGCGCCCACCGCUGGCCAGUAAUGGUAGAUAGAACCGCACCUCUCCUCCUCGGCCCCGGUCUUGGCCUGACCGGCGCCGGCUCGUCCUUACUCGCCCCAGACCCCGCUCGCCGCCGCGUCGGCUUCCAUAGCAACUCGCGCGAAAGCCGUGACUUCCGUAAUGACUCAGGCAUCACCCGCGCUUUGCUGGGUGGCGACAGCCGGGGCGAGUCCCAGUUCACCCUCCGCUCCGGCGGAAGUGCAGCGAGCAUCACAGGUGUAUCGCCAGGCUCGGCGGCACCGAACUCGCCCCCGCGCAAGUUGAACCAGAACCAGGGCCGCUCGCUUGGCAGCAUGCCUGACACGCACCCGUCAGUGUCGUCGCGGCGGACGAACACGCUGCGCUCGGGUGGCGGUCUUAGCCAGUUCACUACGAGCGCCGGCGCCGGCGUGUCGCAGAUCUCGCGGCAGGCGCAGGGGCGGCUGUACGAGCUAGAAGACGAGCUCCUGGGAUACCUGGACGGACAUCACCACACGGACGAGAUCCAGGUGCGCAUGGGUAUGAGCUGGACGCAGCUGGAGAAAGUGCUGGGCCUGGACGAGAUGCGGGACGGAGUGGGGCGGAAGGGCAUUGCGAUGGUGGUCAAGUAGAGAGGGAUGAGAUCAUGAGAGAGUAGUGAUGGCUGGCCUGAAU